GAUUGUCUCUCUUUCGCAAGACUCAUCAAGUCAAGUGCGUGCGUCGCACCGAAUUAUUCCUCUAAAACCCUUGUCUGAUGUGAUAAACUCAUAAACCCUCACCUCACAUUUCUUCCAGUUUCCACACGAACAACUCAGGCAACAACAGCGACAAAUGGCUUGGCGUGGCUCGAUUUCCCGAUCGCUCAUGUCCACCGCUAGGGCUUCCGCAUUCCGCUCCUCGACGCCUCUCUCCGCCCCCCGCCGCCUGCGGCCUCCUUCCUCUCGCCCCAAUUCGCGCCGUUUCUCGUUCUCCAAUCCGAGGACAUUAGGUGAGCUUGGGUGCACUCAAUCACUAAUGCCGCUGCAUAGUAUGGUGACGGGUGCAAGGCUGACAUCACACUUGGCGGUCAACGUUCGGGCUUUUUGUGAGCUGUCCCAUGGUACCUUCUGCCGUUCUUGUCAGGAUCGCUAGUAGUUUCUUUGUACUUGAACAAAUUGGUGAAAUAAUGCAUUAUCGAUGGUCAUGGGUCAUGGUCAACUGGUGUAGCCUGCAGGAAUUUUCCGUAGGUAACAAAAACUUUCAUUUCAGAUUUUUUUUUUUUUUUAGCAGCAUUCUAAAUACUUUUAAGUGGUACCUGUAUACCUUAGUUUUGUGGGUGUUAUGAUUGACCUGUACAAGGAGAUAUGGUUUUUAGCAUUCAUUCAGCUCUCCCAUUGGUAGUACAUGAUAUACUGUGCUGCUGUCUUUUUAUUUUUAUUAUUAUUAUUAUUAUUUUC